AUGUUAUUGACAGAUGAUCAUUUGUACCGUAUUGUCACGUGUUGUCCCCAUUUACAAGAAGCUCAUUUCAGUGGACUUUUCUCCGACAAAGGCCUUAUUCAUCUUGCCACUUAUUGUCAUGAUUUACGUUCAUUAUCUAUCGUUCUGCCAAACAGCUUGAUUCAAUCCAAUACCAUCACUCAUGUUUCCAUCGAACGUUUGGCUCAAUCUUGUCCUCAGUUGACUCAUUUUACUUGUCUCGGUCAAACUAGAAUCGAUCCUCUUCGAUCUGAAGCCACGUUUAGAACUCAUUGUCCAUCUUUUAUCUUUUGUAAUUUUGGUGAUCCACUUUAA